AUGGUUCCGCUUCCAGAAGGCCAUUUUACAUUGCAACAAUUGGCAAACAUUGCACUUGGUGGCGAAUGUUUGACUAACGUGAAUACCAUAGUAUUGCAUAGCUUACUCAAUCUUGUAUUAAAGAAGUUGAAUUGUCAAAACGAGAAAGUAUCGAUUAGUGGCUAUGAGGCCAAACAAAUGGCUGAACUCUUACAAAUAGCCAAAAUAUCGCCAAUUAGUUUCACUGAGCAAAAGUUCGAUACAAUUAUGGAAAGAUUCGAUAACUUGGAGGAAUUGGAAAAACGACUCGAAGUGGCAGAUGAAAAUUUGAAAGAACAUUUGCUGAGCGUUCGUCGCUAUUUGAGCAAAGUUGAAUCUCUGGAGCCAUGUCGCUUCGACGAAGAGGAACACUAUGAACUGUGUGAGGAUCUUUGUAGCACACUCGAUCCAGAUGUAAAAGUUGCCUGCGACGCUUUGCGACAAUCGUCCUUUCUCAAGAAUAUAUUGCUACGCAUGUGUCAUCCGAUCGUUAAGGCACAUUUUGCUAUUGAAGACAAGUUAACCACACUUGAGUCAGAAAUUUUUUCAUUAAAACAUCGGUUGGACAACAAUUUUAAUGCCUUCGGCCUCAUCGAUAAAGUGGAACUUGAGCUUGGACGGUGCCACAUCGAAUUCGAUAGAUUGCAUGCAAGUUUCAUGAAAGCUUUGAACGAAAUACAAGACAUACUCGAUGCCAAGGUGAACAAAUGUCAAAUGCUGCAGCUGAAAAACUAUAUAUCCGAACGAAUAGAUGUAAUUUAUGAAAAACUGAAUAAAUUGGCGAGUGAAGGUCGUUGCAAGCGCGCUUGUGCUAUCGUUGUCGAAGAUGCGAAAUCCCCAUCCAUUACGAAGCAAAAACAGAAGAGCAAGUGUGAAUGUGCGGGUGUAGAAUACUAA